GAUUGAAUCAUUCAUUCAUUCAUUCAAUCAUUUGUUUCAUUUGUCACUUUGAAAACAAAUUAAUUAUUUAAUUAAAUUAAUUGAUUUAAUAACAAUGUCUUCACUUAUAUUGUUUAGCAAACAAUUUUUGAGACCAAAUCAUGUGAUAAAUGGGUCACUAAAGUGGAUGCCAUCGCUCACACAGAGUGUCAUCAAUGGUAUUCACAAGAGAUAUCUGUUCACUAAUGAAGUGUUGGGAAUCAAUGGAUAUCUUGAGACCAGAAAUCGUAUUUCACAACAAUUCGGACAAUUAAGAGAAAAGUUCUUCACCCGAAUGGAAGAGUUUGCAACAUCCGAGUCAAAGAUGAUAUUCACUGAAGACCUGAAGAAUAUUGUUUUUAUGACUGAUAAUAACGAUCAAGAGUUACGACUUUUGACAGACGCUAUUAAAAAAUUUCACUCUCAAAACCAAACCUUACAAUUCGGUACAUUUGUUUUCGGACCAAUUGUUAUGAGACUUUUACAUCAUUUAUCUGAAUGGCAAUUAGCUCUUCAACUAUUUAAAGAUCCGGAAUUGAGAGGAUUUUUUAGUCAAAUCAAAUCUGCAGUCAUUUUAAUGAAUUUAUUGUUAACUAAUGGUAAAUACGAUGAAUGUAUGGAUGUCUUUGAUUACAUUCACAAUGAGAUUACGUUUGAAAUAAGAUAUCCACGCGAUUGUCUUCUUUUAUAUGUUGCCGCCGCUUAUAAACUGAACACUGAGGAGGCAUAUAAUCGUGUGUUGGAAACUCUUAAGAAGUCCCGAGAGGUGGGCGCACCCGUAUCGCGCAAAACAGUUUGCUUGUUUGCAGGACUGGCUUUAAAUCAAAACCAACCGAACACUGCUCUGGAAGUCCUAUCAUUGAUAACACAAAGCAAUUACAUAACAGUUAAAAACUUAAGACUCCAAGCACUUAGCGAUUUGGACCGAUUUGAUGAUCUUUUUAUCACUUUAAGAGUAAUGCUUAAUCGUGAUAUGCCUUCACAAACAAAUAGAGGCGAAUUGGUUGAAGAAACGUUUAAUCGGAUUAAAGCUAAGAUUGAGUCGAAGAAUGAUGAGAAACUGUCGCUCGAGUGGUCACAAAUUGAAAGAGGUCUUAGCGAAGGACAGUUUAUUACUAAUACACCACUAAAAGACCUCUUAUUAAGUCCAGUCGUCUUAAGAGAGAAUUUGACCCCAAAUGAUAGACAACAGUUUGAGAGACAAAGAGGUUAUCGAAAUCCGACGAUUCAACGAAAUUUCAGACGAGAACAACAGCAACGACCACAACCAGAGAGGAGAGCAUUUAAUGAAGAGUUUUAGUGAUUAUUUCAUCAAAUGAUUUAAUCGUUAAUCUAUAAAAUGAUUUCAUAAUUAUGUCAUUCAAUAAUUUAAUUACAGUUGAAGUUUUAUAAUACAAAUAAAGUAGAUUUGAUAUAAUUUGAUAUAAUUUUUCUAUUAACGUAUACUCAACUGUUUUGUAAUACCGUUAGUUACAUGUAGUCACUUGAGGUAUAUGUGACUAAAAUUAGAUUUUUAUUAAAUAAAAUAUUU